CGGGCUGAGCCCCCGGCCCGGCCAUGCUGCCCUGCGGGGCCGUGCUCUGGCGGAGGCUGCUCAGGAAGCGAUGGGUCCUCGGCGUCGUCUUCGGGCUCUCGCUCGUUUAUUUCAUCACCAGCACCUUCAAGCAGGAAGAGAGGAUGGUGAGAGACCGGAAUCUCCUCCAAGUGCAGGAGCAUGAGCAGCCCAUCAUGUGGAAGGUGAAGUUCAGCUCAGGGAACAGCAGCCAGCUGAGUAACCAGUGCAGGAACUCUGUGCAGGGGAAGCUCCUCAUUACAGAUGAACUGGGCUACAUCUGUGAGAGGAAGGACCUGCAGGUGAAUGGUUGCUGCAAUGGGAACGUGCCCAGCACGAAGCUGUACAGCUGUGAGAGCUGCCUGCCCAAUGGCUGCUGCAGCAUCUAUGAGUACUGUGUGUCCUGCUGCCUGCAGCCCAGCAAGCAACAUCUCCUGGAGCGCUUCUUGAACCGGGCAGCGAUUGCUUUCCAAAACCUCUUCAUGGCAGUGGAAGAUCACUUUGAGCUGUGUCUGGCCAAAUGUAGGACUUCAUCACAGAGUGUGCAGCAUGAGAACACCUACAGAGACCCAAUUGCCAAAUACUGCUAUGGAGAGUACCCCCCAGAGCUCCUGCCUGUUUGAGAGCUGCAGAUCUGAGCAGCAGAAGGAAGGAACUGGAGACUCAAAUCCAAAAGAACAAGACAGCAGCUGUUGCUUUGCCAAAGCCUCAGUGUAAAAAGCUCGUCUUGUAUGUGGAGGCAAACCCAGAGGUGAACAGAGGAAGUAAGGAAAUUUAAGUUCUUCAGGACUGAAUCUUGCUUUCUUCAAUUUAUUCUGCACCUGCUUUUGGAGUGCUGGUACUGUGCUGCCGUGCCAGUGCAUUCUUUGAAUAUUUCCUCUAAAUUUCAGGAAUCAUGGAGUCAAUCUAGGCUAUAGAACAUCAAGGGAAAAGUAUCCAAUGUGGCUUUGCAGCUGUAAAUGGAGGUGCAGUUGUGUCUGCAGUCCAGACUUUGCAGAGUGACAGUAGUAACUGGAGUUACUGCUGCUUUCAGAGAGUAAAGCAUGCCUGCUGUGCUUCUCUCUCUGGAACCCUUCUUGACAUGCAUGGUGUACACUACAUAUGUAAUUAUGAAUUAUUCAUCCAUUUUCUCUGGGUCACUGGCUGAAAAUGUGGAUGCUUUGCAUAGCUAGUUGUGGAUGCCUUUCAGUCCCUGCUUUGCUGUGUCAGCUAGAAAGGAUAUUUUAGACCCUGACUAAACUUGGUAGGGGUUUUUUUCCUCCUUAGUCUAAAGGAAUUGUAUUGGGAUUUGUCAUUAUAGUACUUAUGUUCCUCUUAGUGAGUUUAAACCAUUGAGAACUCCAA